AAUCUCUUCUCGAUCCAUCCACACGGAAAUGCAAGAACUUUCAAUCCUCUACUCUAUAUAAAAAUUGAGUUUCUCUUUAACAAAAAAGAUACAUAAACUGGUUUUGUUUUUGCCAAGUCAAUUAUAUUAAUAUCAAGAGUUUACAAAGAAACAGAAUCAAUACAAACAACCUUAUCUUUUCUGAUUUUCUUAUUUUUUCUGAGUUAAAUUACUUUGAUUUCUUGGAAACUUUUUUGUGAAAAAUGGGGCAACAACAGUCGAAUGAUGAGCUACUGUUUCAACAAGUGAGUCACAGCGAUAUCGACAGUAUCAAAUCCCUUCGCCAUGAAGGUGCAGGACUCGAGUGGGUUGAUACAGAAGGAAGAACACCAUUAAUCUUAGCUUGUACGAAAUCAGAUCUAUAUGAUGCAGCAAAAACUCUGGUUGAUUUGGGUUCCAAUGUCAAUGCUUAUCGUUCCGGUUUUAAUGCCGGGACUCCUCUGCACCAUGCUGCAAACAGAGGUCUUGAAAACACGGUUAAGUUACUUCUGUCUCACGGUGCAAAUCCACUGGUUUUAAAUGAUGAUUUUCAAACACCUCUUGAGGUAGCUAGAGCUAAAGGUUACAACAAUGUUGUACGCGCAAUCGAGAGUCACAUCUGUUUGUUCUCUGGUUGGAUGCGUGAAUUUUAUGGCCCUCGCUUUCUUGAAUUUUUAGCUCCUGAGCUUCUUUCAAGAAGAGUAUGGGUAGUUAUAGUACCAACUGGUUCAAGAGAUCCUACAAAGCCUUUCAAAUUGGAGUUGGUUGUGUAUGCUAGUCUUGAGGAUGCACAACCAAGGAUGGUGAUGCCUUUGUGGAAAGCCAAGUUGGAGGAACCAAAACAAGAUCAGUCUGAUGCUUCAGUGAUGAUUGUUGAUAACUCCACAAGUCGCAAGAGGGCGAGAAGAGGAAAGGGGUACAUCUCUCACGGGAGGCGUUGGGUUCAAGUAGAUAGGCAAAUCCGACUUAAGCUGGCAGCUGCAACCAAAGGCGAUAUGAAACAGCUAAAUUGGUUUUGUGAGGCAUGUCAAGGAAUUCCACAGCCAAUGAAUCCUCCAAUGUUUCUGAAAACAUAUGAAAACAUAAUAUCCGAUGAGUUUACGCCAUCGGUUCAUCCAUCGAGAGAUGAAGAAGCAGUAGAAGACGGUUACAUAGACUAUCCAUCAGUCGAUAUGGCUCAUGUCGACAUCUCACUCCCUUACGCAAACUGUGAGGAGAAAGAAUAUGGUGGAGGAUCUGGAGUGUGUGUGGUUUGUGUGGAUGCAUCAUGUGAAGCAGUGUGUGUGCCUUGUGGACAUGUAGCUGGAUGCAUUUCUUGCUUGAAAGAGGUCAAAGACAAGAAAAUGGGAUGUCCUGUAUGUCGCUCCAAGAUUGAUCAGGUCAUUAAGCUCUACCAUGUUUGAACAAAUGCACAAAGAGAUCAUCAUAUCUACUUCCUCUAUGGCUGGACCGAACAUCUUACCGAUUUCUAAAGUUGUUAGUGCAUUCUUCUCUGAACUCUUUUGUUACCAUUCUAUUCGAAUAUUCAUUUUUGUACUUUAUAUACGUCACCACCGGAAGACAUUUUUUCCGUUGGAAAACACUAUUUUGUAUUAUGUUCUUUUAUAAUAAAUUUGUGAUUUGUGAUUGCUUCUCUCUAAGGCUGCUGCUUAUAUAGA